AAAGAAAGGUACAAAACCCUAGUGACUCCGCCGAGAGAGAGAGAAGCAUUUGCUGUGCCCACCGCCGAGUCGCCUUCUUCGCUGUGCUACCGCGGGGUCCGGGCGUACCCGGGAAAUGGAUGUGGAAGAAGUCAAGGCCUUCAUUCCCGAGUCAGUGUUGAAGAAGCAGAAGAGAUGUGAGGAGUGGGCAUUGGCUAAAAAGCAGGAUCUUGAAACCACGAAGAAAAAGAAUGCUGAGAACAGGAAAUUGAUCUACAGCAGGGCAAAGCAAUAUGCCAAGGAGUAUGCCGAGCAUGAAAAGGAGCUGAUUCAAUUGAAGCGCGAAGCAAAGUUGAGAGGAGGAUUUUAUGUGGACCCUGAAGCUAAACUUUUGUUUAUCAUUCGCAUCCGUGGUAUCAAUGCCAUGCAUCCGAAAACGAGAAAGAUCUUGCAGCUAUUGAGACUGAGACAGAUCUUCAAUGGGGUGUUUCUUAAAGUCAAUAAAGCAACCAUGAACAUGCUUCACAGGGUUGAACCCUAUGUGACUUAUGGAUAUCCCAACUUAAAGAGUGUGAGGGAACUGAUAUACAAAAGGGGAUAUGGGAAGCUCAACAAGCAGAGAAUUGCUUUGACGGACAACGCCAUCGUCGAACAGGCUUUGGGUAAACAUGGAAUUAUAUGCACAGAAGAUCUCAUCCACGAGAUAAUGACGGUGGGACCUCAUUUUAGGGAAGCCAAUAACUUCCUAUGGCCCUUUAAGCUCAAGGCACCAUUGGGUGGACUCAAGAAGAAGCGGAACCAUUAUGUUGAAGGUGGAGAUGCUGGCAACCGUGAGAACUAUAUCAACGAAUUGAUCCGAAGAAUGAAUUAAGCUUUUUAUACCGUGAUCAAAUUCGAUGUGGAAUUUUGAACAUUUGGUUGGUUUUACAUUCAUUUUUGAGUUAAGACUGCUCAGUUUUGAAAUCAGACAGUCUUGAGUUGGAGAUCCUAUCCUAUGACAAUUCAGAUAACAUCAUUUGCUUUUC